AGUUCACACACGGCUUUCCUCUCACUCCAUGGCCAUGCUUCUCUCUGCUCCGGAACCUCCCAGUGAAUAUGCAAGUAGGUGCAUCGUAACCAGGCGUCCUCACUGACCAAUCAGAGGACACCUUCAAAACCCUGCAGGAACCGAUCGAGCUUCUGUUACCUGCCAGCCGCCGAUUCCCCGACGCUCUUGCAGGCUGUCACACUGCUAAAAUUCACAGGGUGGUAAUUGUUCUCCUGGAGCAGUAGAAGAGGAAGGAGCUAUGGGGAUCAUUAACUGGAUGCAGAAUCGCUUCAAUGGUAAACAAGAGAAGAGACGAUCCGAGGCAGGCGUCGUGAACUCGGCUCGCGAUGCCCCUGUUCGGGAAAGCUGCCGCCAAGAACACGCUCGCGAGGAGAAGAGCCCUAACGGCGACUGGCCGCAGGGCCUCCUCUCGAUCGGGACGCUCGGGGACGAGCCACCGCCGGAUGGAGGGCCCCCGCGCGCGUCGCAGGCGGCGGCCGACGUUCCGGACUUCACAAUCGAGGAGGUGAAGAAGCUGCAGGACGCGCUGAACAAGCUGCUCCGGCGCGCCAAGUCCAAGUCGAGCUCCCGCGGGUCGGGCGCCACGGACGAGGACCGCGCCAGCAGCCAGCUGCCGCUCGACAGGUUCCUCAACUGCCCCUCCAGCCUGGAGGUGGAUCGCCGGAUCUCCCUGAGGCACGCGGCAGGCGACGGCGGCGAGUUCUCGCCGGACACGCAGAUCAUACUGAGCAAGGCCAGGGACCUCCUCGUCAACAGCAACGGCGCCGCCAUCAAGCAAAAGUCCUUCAAGUUCCUCCUCAAGAAGAUGUUCGCAUGCCGCGGCGGGUUUGGGCCCGCGCCCAGCUUGAAGGAUCCAGUCGAAUCAAGAAUGGAGAAGUUGUUUAAGACGAUGUUGCAGAAGAAGAUGAGUGCUCGGCCGAGCAAUGCCAAUGCAGGGUCAUCGAGGAAGUACUAUCUGGAGGACAAACCGAGUGGGAGGAGGAUGAUAGGAGACCGUCCUUAUGAAGAAGAGGACGAUGACAAGGGCUCCGAUAGCUUUAAGUGGGACAAAACUGAUACAGACUUCAUUGUUCUGGAGAUUUAGAACGAGAGGCACGAGUUCAAGGUCAUUAUGGUAUUCAACGUGCUUAUAUGUGAUGUUCAUGGCGCGGCGGAGAAUUCCCAUCAGUGUGGUGCCACAAUAAUCCCUAUUGAAGGAAGGUUCAGUUGAUGAACAGCGAUUAUUCGAUCAGACAGGAUACCUAAUCCACCAAGCAGGGUGUACUACUGAAUGAAGAUCACAAUCCAAACGUUGGUGGGCUUGUUCAGGCGCAGCAUUUGAGCUGUUCAUAUAGGAGGAAGAUUUUUCAGCUUUGUUCCACUUUCCUUUUCUUUCUCAUCUUCAGAUGCCAGAUAUGUUAAUGUUCCAUAUAUACUGUUAUCAUCCUACAUAUAUAUACUAGU